AAUUUUACUGCAGAUUUUGGUUGCAUAAGCAAUGAUUCAGUAUUUAGUGGUGAAAAGCAAAAUCUUAUCAAUGAAGUUAUAUGUCAGCACUUCUUUCGUGAGGGCCUGUUAGACAUCGCUGAAGAGCACAUAAAGGAGACUGGAUUAAGUCUGCAAGAUGAGUCACGAGAACCAUAUUUUGAACUGAAUAGAAUAUUGGCUGCUUUGAAAGAUAGGAAUCUUACUCCAGCACUUCAGUGGGCAGAAGAAAAUAGAGAUAAAUUGAUAGCACAGCGUAGUACUUUGGAGUUCAAGUUGCAUCGAUUAGCAUAUAUCAACCUUCUAAGCCAAGGCCCAAGUAGAGUUCCACAAGCCAUUGAGUAUGCCAGACAGAAUUUUACACCAUUUGUUUUUCAACAUGAAAAAGUAAUCCAGUCUCUCAUGGGAUGCCUACUCUAUGUGAAGGGUGGUUUAGCCAAUUCACCAUAUGCAGAUUUGUUGAGCCCCCAUCAAUGGACAGAGAUAUGCGAUGUCUUUACUCGAGAUGCUUGUGCACUUCUAGGUCUCUCUGUGGACAGUUCCCUUGCAGUGUGUGUAAAUGCAGGCUGUACAGCACUUCCCAUCCUUCUGAAUAUCAAGCAAGUAAUGCAGCAACGACAGGUGCCAAAUAUUUGGAACACCAAGGAAGAAUUGCCGAUUGAGAUUGACCUUGGCCCAUCUUCACGAUAUCACUCUAUAUUUGCUUGCCCAAUCCUGCGUCAACAGUCAACGGAAAGCAACCCUCCCAUGCGUCUAAUCUGUGGACAUGUCAUAUCCCGAGAUGCUCUUAACAAGCUAACUACUAGUGCUAAGCUAAAAUGCCCAUACUGUCCAGUUGAACAGAAUCCUGCAGAUGCUAUCCAGAUCUUCUUUUAAUUAUAUUGUCUUGUAACCUUCAUAUUGAUAUGGAUUGUUUGUACAUACAGAAAAUACCUUGAAGUGAGUGUGAACCCUUUGGUUGCUGCCAGUUGUAGGGUAAGAUAUGGUUUGAAUUAGUUUUCAUGUCAUCUAAGAGCCCUGAAUGUUUCCAUAGCAUACAUUCAUCAUAUUUUCGUGGCAUUUUAUUUAGAAAUUUUGGAUAGUUGAAGUAUUCAGGAACCUGACUUGAGGCAUAAUUUAUUGUGUAAAAAUUGAGCCUUUUGCUUUUGAAACAACUAGUUUAACAUCUAGGAUGAAAUUGUCCUAAAGAUCAAGCAUUUCUUUAUUUUAUAAUGGUCACUUUUUACCUCAGGUGUGUUUAGAUAUGUUUACAAUUAUUCAGAAUAGAUUUUGAUCCUUGUAAAUUACUUUUAUGAUUGAUUAUUUGUUUUUGCCGGUAGGCAUUUUAACCAUUGAUUUAGAACUAGACUAGUUGAAAUCAAAAGACAGAGGAGACCUUUAUUUUUCAAAAGCCUACCAAUGGCUUUGCAUUUAUUCUUUCCUUUUUUAAUAAAUGUCAUUCACAAAGUUAGCUGUUAAAGGAAAGUGAUAGAGAGGAACAACUAGUCCUUUGGGUCAUUAUUGAGCAUUUUUUUUAUAUAUUUUAUUUUAUAAAUCUGUAUUUUUAAAGUAAUACACUUCACUUACAAAGCAUAAUGUUAUAUUUACUAUUGUAGUAUGUAGUUCCACAAUAGGGAAGGGUUGAAUAAAUUAUGAAUUAUCUGGGCUAAUAAAUUUUCCUCAAUGAAUGCAUUUAACACCAUAGGUAUCUAGAGAGCUGCUACAAUCAGAUCUGUUGAUUAGUUUUGAGACAUUUGCUGUAAAUUUGCUCUCUUCCAUGUCAGGCCAAAAUAUUAAAUGUAGGCUGUGGUGUUGUAUAUGGUACUCAAUUAAUAUUAAUGAUCUCACUGCCCUGAGAAUUUAUUUGCAGUGACACUUACAGUGUUACAGUAUGUCUUAUGAUUUGAUAUGAGAGCUUGUAGCAAGGAGAGCGUGUGAGAUGCAAACUAGGUAGUGUAGUUAUUUAUUUCAUGAUGAUGGUAAUAACAUUGUUAAUGUUUAUCAUAAUGCUAUAAAUAAUAGUCUUGAUGAAACUUAUUAUUAUGUUAUGUAAAGAAUUGUGUAUGAUUACUUGUAUUUCUAAGCAGGUGAAUGAUUGAGUCAAUGCAUUGUUUCUGAGUGCUCUAACGCCACAUUUAUGUUAAAAAUCUGUCUGUGGAUUCUUUAUGGAGAAAUUGUGAGUUGUAGUUGUAUGCAGUUUUUACUUUAGAGAAUACGGAUGACGUAAGGACUUAUGGGAAAAUGCAUUUCCAAGUAAUAUAUAUAUUUCUUUUGUUUUUUCCAAGAAUUUGCACAUUGGUAGAGGAAAUGACAAUACAAUACAUGAGCUACUCUUUCUUUGGUCCAUAUUAUCUUGAAUGGUGAUAUUUGUAUAGAAAUGUAUUUUAUAGUUUGAUAUGCUUCAUUAUUAUGCUAGAUAUGGAAAGUUUAUAAGUCCUUAAAAUUAUACUGUAUUACUGUUUUUA